AUGUCCCAGGACAACGGCUUCAUACAAAAGAGACUAGAUUCGCUCAAUGAGAUCGACAAUAAUAUCGUCACCUUGCUUGAUAAUAUUGGAUCGGUUUUCAAUGCAUAUGUUGAACCCAGCACACUGGAGGUGCAAGAUCUCACCAAGACCAAAGAGAAGUUUGUCGAGGGCACUAAGCUGAUAUAUCUGCUUCUAGGCAGCAUAGCAAUUGGGCUUCGAAAAGAGGUGAAGAUCAUGGACGAGAAUAUCGGCGUCUACGACAAAAACGAGGAGAAUGUCAUGAUAUUGCCUAUUAGUGUAGACCAAAAGCACACUACGCUAGGGCGUGACAGGCUUGAAAAGGAGGUGAGAAACAUGGAGCAGCUUGUUGGACGCUUCCCGGAAGGCUCCUCCACGAAAGAGGAGGAGAAACCGAAAGAGGACGAUGCAAUGGACAUUUCUGAGCCAAAAGCAGAGGAGCCUACAGAAAAGAAGGAAUCGACACAGCCCGAAGAGCCCACUGAUAUUACGAUAGACUGA